GCGGCUCCUGUCAGCGGGUGAAAUGGCAGCGGCGGAGCCGGCGGCGGCCGCGGUCCCGGGGGGCGGCUGAGGGGGCCGGGCCGGGGCUGCGGGGCGAGCGACGCGGCGGGGAUCCGUCGGCGCGGCCCGGGACGGCGAGGCUCGUCAUGGCGCUGGCGGUGCGCUCUUCGCAGACAGAGCUGUGACCUGGCCCUGCUCGUGGCUGAGGAGCCUACCCACCAUGGCGAGCCCCACUCUGAGCCCCGACUCCUCGUCCCAGGAGGCCCUGUCGGCCCCCACCUGCUCCCCAACCUCUGACUCCGAGAACCUCAGCCCUGAUGAGCUGGAGCUGUUGGCCAAGCUCGAAGAGCAGAAUCGGCUCCUGGAAGCCGACUCCAAGUCCAUGCGCUCCAUGAAUGGCUCCCGGCGGAACAGCGGCUCGUCGCUGGUGUCCAGCUCCUCAGCCUCCUCCAACCUGAGCCACCUGGAGGAGGAUACGUGGAUCCUGUGGGGCCGGAUCGCCAACGAGUGGGAGGAGUGGCGGCGCAGGAAGGAGAAGCUGCUCAAGGAGCUGAUCCGCAAGGGCAUCCCGCACCACUUCCGGGCCAUCGUGUGGCAGCUCCUGUGCAGCGCCACCGACAUGCCCGUCAAGAACCAGUACUCGGAGCUGCUCAAGAUGUCCUCGCCCUGCGAGAAGCUGAUCCGCAGGGACAUCGCCCGCACCUACCCGGAGCACGAGUUCUUCAAGGGCCAGGACAGCCUGGGCCAGGAGGUGCUCUUCAACGUCAUGAAGGCCUACUCCCUGGUGGACCGGGAGGUGGGCUACUGCCAGGGCAGCGCCUUCAUCGUGGGCCUGCUCCUCAUGCAGAUGCCCGAGGAGGAGGCCUUCUGUGUGUUUGUGCGGCUGAUGCAGGAGUACCGCCUGCGGGAGCUCUUCAAGCCCAGCAUGGCCGAGCUGGGGCUCUGCAUCUACCAGUUCGAGUACAUGCUACAGGAGCAGCUCCCGGACCUGAACACCCACUUCCGCUCCCAGAGCUUCCACACGUCCAUGUAUGCCUCGUCCUGGUUCCUCACGCUCUUCCUGACCACCUUCCCACUGCCCGUCGCCACCCGUGUCUUUGACAUCUUCAUGUACGAGGGCCUAGAGAUCGUGUUUCGGGUGGGCCUCGCCCUGCUGCAGGUGAACCAGACAGAGCUGAUGCAGCUGGACAUGGAGGGGAUGUCCCAGUACUUCCAGAGAGUGAUCCCCCAUCAGUUCGACAGCUGCCCAGACAAGCUGAUCCUCAAGGCUUACCAGGUCAAGUACAACCCCAAGAAGAUGAAGAGGCUGGAGAAGGAGUACGCGGCCAUGAAGAGCAAGGAGAUGGAGGAGCAGAUCGAGAUCAAAAGGCUUCGGACAGAGAACCGGCUCCUGAAGCAGCGGAUUGAGACCCUGGAGAAGGAGAGCGCUGCUCUGGCUGAUAGGUUAAUCCAGGGGCAGGUGACACGAGCGCAGGAGGCCGAGGAGAACUACGUCAUCAAGCGGGAGCUGGCAGUGGUGCGGCAGCAGUGCAGCUCGGCAGCCGAGGACCUGCAGAAGGCACAGAGCACCAUCCGGCAACUGCAGCAGCAGCAGGAUAACCCGCGCCUCACUGAGGACUUUGUGGCCCACCUGGAGAUGGAGCUGGAGCAGUCACGGCUGCGGGAGACCGAGACUCUGGGGGCCCUGCGGGAGAUGCAGGACAAGGUUCUAGACAUGGAGAAGAGGAACAGCUCGCUGCCCGACGAGAACAACGUGGCCCGGCUGCAGGAGGAGCUGAAGGCGCUCAAGGUGCGGGAGGGCGAGGCCGUGGCCUCGGCGCGGGAACUGAAACUGCAGCUGCAGGAGCUCUCCGACACCUGGCAGGUAAGGGAGGGCCUCGCUCGACGCGCACGGAGCGGCGUCGGGGCUCCCGGGCGGAGGUCGACCGUCGACCUCUGUCCUCAGGCUCAUCUGUCCCGCGGCGGCCGCUGGAAGGAGUCCCCGCGGAAGCUGGUCCUGGGCGAGCUGCAGGACGAGCUGAUGAGCGUGCGGCUGCGCGAGGCCCAGGCUCUGGCCGACGGCCGCGAGCUGCGGCAGCGCGUGGUGGAGCUCGAGACGCAGGACCACAUCCACCGCAACCUGCUGAACCGCGUGGAGGCGGAGCGAGCGGCGCUGCAGGAGAAGCUGCAGUACCUGGCGGCACAGAACAAGGGGCUGCAGACGCAGCUCAGCGAGAGCCGCCGCAAGCAGGCGGAGGCCGAGUGCAAGAGCAAGGAGGAGGUGAUGGCCGUGCGCCUGCGGGAGGCGGACAGCAUGGCGGCGGUGGCUGAGAUGCGGCAGCGCAUCGCCGAGCUGGAGAUCCAGAGGGAGGAGGGCCGCAUCCAGGGCCAGCUGAACCACUCGGACUCGUCGCAGUACAUCCGCGAGCUCAAGGACCAGAUCGAGGAGCUGAAGGCCGAGGUGCGGCUGCUGAAGGGCCCGCCGCCCUUCGAGGACCCGCUGGCCUUCGACGGGCUCGGCCUGGCGCGGCACCUGGAUGAGGACUCGCUGCCUUCGUCCGACGAGGAGCUGCUCGGCGUGGGUGUGGGCGUGGGCGCGGCGCUGCAGGACGCGCUCUACCCGCUGUCCCCGCGCGACGCGCGCUUCUUCCGCCGUCUGGAGCGGCCGGCCAAGGACAGUGAGGGCAGCUCAGACAGCGACGCCGACGAGCUGGCCGCGCCCUACAGCCAGGGCCUGGACAACUGAGGCCGUCCCCCGCGUGCUCGGAGCCCGGGGGCCACCGCCUGCCUGCUCCUUCGCCACUGCCCGCACUUAACAAACUCCACGCCCUCGGUGGUUCCGCCCACCCCGAGAGCCAGGCCCAGCGCGGCAGGGCGCAGAGGGUAGGACUGCAGGCCGGGGGUCCUCAGAGUCCCCUGGCAGGCCCACCCUCCCCAGCAGUGUUUACCCAUCUUGGUCUGUACCCCUCUGGGCCCAGUUACCUGGAGGGUCUGCCCCUCAACAGCCAGGGCAGGGGAGGACCCAGAGGUCCCAGGACUGGACAAGCGGAAAGCUGCCGGCUCCUAGCCGGCCUCUUACUGGGACAAGGAUGGCCCUGCUGGGAAGGGCCCAGGAGCUAGAGGGGGCCUGGGGAAGAAGGGGCCGCUCUAGGCCAGACGUUACCACUCCACGAAGGCCCCGGGGACCCUUGGCCUCUGGGGACAGAUGGCCAGGCUGGGCUUUCCUGCCUGGUGCAGGUGUUGUGGCCCCUGCGACAGAAACCAAAGUCACCCCUACUGUGUGCAGGGCCACCGGGGUGUGAGUGGCCAGCCGGAACCAGCCAGGGCCUGGGCAGUGUCUGUCCUUUCUCCUUGGGGGCCAGAGCAGCUGGAAGGAAGUGAAGAGAACCCCUCUCUCCCCAUCACCCCACAUCUUCCUCCGUGACAGUCCCAUCACCCCAGCUUGGCCAGUGAUGGAGGAGCUCCCCCACCCAGGCUAGCCCCCUCUCCAGGGGGUCCCCAGCCUCCACUUCCCUUCUGUGUCCCUGGCCCCACCCUCCAGCCAGGGCUAGGCCCCAGGGGAGGAGGCCUCCCAGCUGAGUUGCCUCCCCGCACCUGCUCACGGUGGUCCCGUGGUCUCUGCUGAGUCACAACCGAGAACGGUGCCAAAGUCCAAUGAUGCCCUCAGACCCCCACCCGCCGGGGCCUCACGACCCUCGGGCUGACCCUCUCGGUGCUCCUGGAGCCUAGAGCAGCAUCACAAGCAGUCUCCCUGGCGCUUCCUGGGGUGGGGAUCCACGCUCAGUGACCCCUUCCUGGUCGCCCACUCCUCAGUGUUACAAAGCCUGGGGACCAGGGUGGGCAUCCGAGGGGCUCUCCCACGUGCCCCCCACACUGCCCACCACCAUUUUGCACACUGCCUGUUCACACUCCACAUGUCGCCCAGGCGGGAAAGAUGGAAAAUAAAGUGUAUUUACACA